CAUGUCAAGUGGGGUGUUUGCAAUGAUACAUGGUUUACAACAUUUUGUGCUAAUUUUCCUAUAGAAUAAUAUGGAAUAAGGAGUUUGGAAAAAAAAAGAAUUAUAAUUAAUGUAGGGUUAUGAAAAAUAGAUAAACUGGAAUUGGAUUUAAAAUUUGGAACAUCAUUUGAGCUGAGAAUGAUUUCCAGAAGAUUUUUACUAAUAUUUUUACUACUGGUUGUGUGUCUGCUCAGUAUAGGUGCGAAAAAGGGACAUGGGAGGAGAGGCAGGAACCAAGGCAGGUCAGCCAUUGAAUAUUUUCCUCCAGUUAGUGGACAAAGAAUCAGGUUUGGAGGAGGCAACAGAACAUUUAUGAGUGGGAACAUUGAAGUUUACCUCCGUAAUAAAUGGGGUAUAAUUUGUGAUGAUAGCUGGGGUAUUAUAGAUGCUAAUGUUGCCUGCAAACAGCUUGGAUUUACGAGAGGUGCAGUGGAGUUAACAGAGACCUCUUAUUUUGGACAUGGUUCAUGGAAUAGUAGCGAUAUUCUGAUGGAUGACGUUGAUUGUUUGGGUCAAGAAAGAAAUAUUCUUACCUGUAACUAUGAGUAUCCUAGCAACUGUAUUACAGAGGAAGGUGCUGGUGCCUUUUGCAAAGAAAAUACUGGUUGUCCGACAGGAUGGAUUGCAGGAGAUGAAAGUUGUUAUUUCUUGUCGAAUAUAACAACAACAAAAAAUAAGUUUGCUAUUAACAAAUGUGCCAAUCAAGGAGGACAUCUUGUAAAUAUUGAAACUGAGGCUGAAAACCAUUUCCUGUCAAAUUUAUUUGCUCAUAUACCAGGAGAACCAAUUAUAAUUGGAGGUAUAAAAAAGAGAAACCAUUGGAUGUGGGAAAAGGUUGAAAGAUCUUCAUUUAGGAAGAAACGAUCUCCAAGGAGAGGUGCAAGACCUAAAGUAUCUUCAAGGACAUCAAGACAAAGCACUGGCUCCAGCGAAAGUAUCACACAAACAUCAAUACAAUAUUUCAAAUGGUUUCCUGGCUGGAUCCCAGGAAAUGAAAACAUGGAACCAAGCGGGAAAAAGUCGGAGAAAUGUCUUUUUCUGAAGAGUUCAUUUCCCCAUCCAGACAAAGGUCAAGGUGAGGUGGAUGUAGGAUAUCUAUUCUGGUCUGAUGAUGUCUGCCUUAGAAAGAAGAAGAGAAUGAAGAAUGGUUUCCGAUUCUUGUGUGAGAGACGUAGAGAAGAAAUUGAUUCACAAACAACCUUCCCAACUAGAUCUGCAAUCCAAGAAUGUUACAGAGACAAUGGGGUAGAUUAUCGUGGAACUCAUGCAAAUACAGAAAAGGGAACAAAUUGUAUUAACUGGGCCGACUCGAGUAAACAUACACCAGAGAAAUUUCCUGAUAAAGGUUUAGAGGGUCACAAUUACUGUCGAAACCCAGAUGAUGAUGUGCGACCUUGGUGUUAUGUUGACAAUGAGGGAUCGUUUGGAUACUGUCCUGUUCUGCAGUGUGACAAUGUACAAGUAGAGGAGGAGCCAUUGACUACUACAACACCCGUAAUAACAACCUCAAUGUCCCCAGAAUGUCCCGAUGACAAGUUUUACUGUGCACAGAGUGCAGAAUGUAUAACACAACUGUGGCAUUGCGAUUAUGAAAAUGAUUGUAACUUUAAUGAAGAUGAACAAGAUUGUGAUUACAAGGUGAAUCAAUUUGAGAUGACACUAAAUAGGGAAAUAAGAAGCCAUUACAUUAAGGAGACAUACAUUGGUUUAUCAAAUGAAACAUGUGCUAAGCUUUGUUUAUCAAGAACAUCGUACGUUUGCCGUUCCUUUGCUUUCUACAGAGAAGAUCGUAGUUGUGACUUGUCAGAUGUGAACACUAGGAUGGAAACAUUACCUUAUACUUGGAAGAACAACUCAUGCAUCAAAUAUUUUAUGGAAUUCAGGUUUUCAAGGCUUGUUGCUUAUGUUACAUACUGUAAUAUUGUUACAGAUUGUGAUGGUAUGUUUACAUGUAACAAUGGAAGAUGUAUUGACCUUGCCUUGGUAUGUAAUCAUCAUGAUGAUUGCGAUGAUCUUAGUGAUGAACAAGUGGAUAUAGAAGCUUGCAGAACUACAGAGAGUAUUGAGGUGAGACUUGUAGGCGGGACAGAGGAGCAAGAAGGGCGUGUAGAGGUCAAACAUUUAGGACAGUGGGGAGUUAUUUGUGAUGAUGAUUGGGACGAUAGAGAUGCUGCAGUUAUAUGUAACAUGCUUGGAUACAAAGGAAGAACAUUUAUACAUUAUGCUCUAUACAUUUUAGCUUGUACAAGCAGUCAGUACAGCUGUAGUAAUGGUCUAUGUUUAGAGGCAAGCAGUGUGUGUGACGGUAUUUGUCAUUGUAACCCACAUUGUGAGGACGAGAAUGGUGAUGGAGAAUAUAAUUGCAGAACCACACAGCUUCAUGUUGUAAAUGGUAACGUGACAGGAAGUGGACGGGUAGAGAUCAUUAGAAAUGGUCUGAAGGGUACAGUUUGUGAUGAUGAUUGGGACAACAACGAUGCUACUGUUGUAUGCAAAACAUUUGGUUACAGAUAUGGUAAAGCUGUAACUGAAGGAGCGUAUGGGGAAGGAACAGGGGCAAUUUGGUUGGAUGAUGUUCAAUGUACAGGGUUAGAAGAAUCUGUAUUAAACUGUGAGAAGAGUAACUGGGGAGUUACGGACUGUAGCCAUGCUGAAGAUGCUGGGGUCAUCUGCACAAAUACACCUCCCUCUUCACCAGAUUACAGUGGACAAUCAUUAGAGAUUGUAUUAGAAGAUGGUAAUACAGAAAAUGAAGGUCGUGUAGAGGUGAUUUACAAUGGCAAGAGGGGAACUGUUUGUGACGACAAAUGGGAUGAUAAUGAUGCAACAGUUGUCUGUAAAAUGUUAGGAUACAGGUAUGGUGUUGCUCGUAUUGAAGCACAUUAUGGGCCAGGCAGUGACAGAUUAACUGUGAUGCUGGAUGAUGUGGAAUGUAUAGGGACAGAAUCUUCACUAUUAGCUUGCACGCAUGCUGGAUGGGGUAUCAGUGACUGUGGUCAUGGAGAAGAUGCCGGUGUUAAAUGUUACGGGCUAGAAGAUGAUGGGGAUCAGAUAGAUACUGGUGAUUCUGAUGAACUCAGUGGUUUUAAAUGUGGGCUACGACCUCUAGAAAGUAAAUCUAGAAAGAAACGAGAGGAACCAGAUGGCCGAGGGGAAGCUGUACUUGGUGACCCUGUAAAAUUUGCGAGAAUUAUUGGAGGAUUUACUGCUACUCAUGGGUUUUAUCCAUGGCAAGUGGGUGUGAGAAGAUUGAUCUCAGAUGGUCAACAUAGCCACUGGUGUGGGGGGACAAUUCUCAGCGAGCAUUGGAUUCUCAGUGCUGCUCAUUGUUUCACAGAACUAAGCAAGGGCCAUGUAUUGGUAAGAACUGGAGAUCAUGAUAACAAGGUUGAGGAUGAAUUUGAACAAGAAUUUGCGCUGGAGCAAAUGAUCAGUCACGUCCUUUAUGAUGACAACAACUAUAACUAUGAUAUAGCAUUACUGAAGAUUAAACGAAAGGAUGGAUCUGGUAUCAAGUUUACUGAUCAUGUACAGCCAGCAUGUCUACCAGAGCAGACGACAGAAUAUAUAAGUGGGCAAAAAUGUCAUGUAUCAGGAUGGGGGCAGACAGAAAAUGGCUAUCAAAAUUUACUGAAGUCUGCUAAAGUUCCUAUAAUAAGUGAUCAAACUUGCAAGUUAUUGUACAAAGACUUAAUUAACUGUGACAAGAAAUGUUUGUGCCGGAUUGACGAACACCAUGUGGAACCACUAGUAUUACAAGAAAUAUAA